AUGCCCACCGUCAGUACUUUUCUUGAGGCUCCCGUCAACACUUUGUUAACGCACCACCAAUGUCCCAUUGAUGCUUUUGUUGAUGCACCCAUCAAUACUUUUGUCGACAUAUCUGUCAGGGUGCUUGUGAUGAUGCUCCCGUCAAUGCUUCUUUCGAUGCUUUUUUGUCAACGCACCCAUCAAUACUUUUGUCGACGCACCCGUCAAUGUUUUUUAUGCUUUGUAAAUACUUUAGUUGCAGUACCCAUCAAUGCUUUUGUAGAGGCUUCGGUAAAUGCUUUUGUUGAUUCAUUUGUCAACAAAACCGUCAAUGCUUUUGUUGACGCACCCAUUGUGAUUGGGUCCAUUUGCGGGCUGAUCUUGGUUAUUUACAGGUCCCGACCGAUUUCGUUCGCAAUAUCUUCUAUCACAACGGACGAGCCAGAAAUCGUAAAGAGAUACGGGAACAGCAACAGAGCUGCCGAAGGCGUCCUGGACGACCUAUCCGACGGCAAUGACAAAGGUUACGACGACGGCGUGGCCCACAGUUUGCUGGAUGGCGCUCCGGAGGGCGAGGCACUGGGACGAUCUAAAGAUGAUGUGGACAAUGAAGUUGAAGGCAGUCUAGGAGGCAUUUAG